CCAGAGCCAGAAAUGGCGUGUGGCUUCCGCAGAUCCAUUGCCAGCCAGCUUUCCAGAGUGCUGGAUCUUCCACCAGAAAACUUGAUCAAAUCAAUAUCUGCAGUUCCAAUUUCCAGGAAAGAAGAAGUAGCUGACUUUCAGCUAUCUGUGGAUUCUUUACUGGAAAAUAGCAAUGAUCACAUAAGACCAGAUAUUCAAGUUCAAGCCAAGAAACUGGCAGAGAAGCUGAAAUGUGAUACAGUGGUGAGUGAAAUCAGCACUGGUCCAGGAACUGUGAAUUUCAAAAUAAACAGAGAACUACUAACAAAGGCUGUGUUACAUCAAGUAAUUGAAGAUGGCUCAAAAUAUGGACUAAAAAGUGAACUUUUCUCUGGUCUUCCCCCAAGGAAGGUUGUGGUUGAAUUCAGUUCGCCUAAUGUUGCCAAAAAAUUUCAUGUUGGACAUUUGCGUUCCACCAUCAUAGGAAAUUUUAUAGCAAAUCUCAAAGAAGCUUUAGGACAUCAAGUAACAAGAAUAAACUACCUUGGAGACUGGGGUAUGCAAUUCGGUCUUCUGGGAACAGGCUUCCAACUGUUUGGCUAUGAAGAAAAACUCCAGUCCAAUCCUUUGCAGCAUCUCUUUGAAGUUUAUGUACAAGUUAAUAAAGAAGCAGCAGACAAUAAAAAUAUAGCAAAAUUGGCCCAUGAAUUCUUCCAACGAUUAGAACUGGGUGACAUCCAAGCACUUUCACUGUGGCAAAGAUUUCGGGACUUGAGCAUUGAAGAGUACAUUCGGAUUUACCAGCGUUUAGGAAUAUACUUUGAUGAAUACUCAGGAGAAUCAUUUUAUCGUGAAAAAUCUCAAGAAGUCUUAAAGUUGCUGGAAAGUAAAGGACUCCUACAGAAAACGAUAAAAGGAACAGCUGUAGUAGAUCUCUCUGGGAAUGGUGACCCCUCUUCAAUUUGUACUGUAAUGCGAAGUGAUGGGACUUCUCUCUAUGCAACCAGAGAUAUAGCAGCUGCUAUAGAUCGAAUGGACAAGUAUAAUUUUGAUACAAUGAUUUAUGUGACAGAUAAAGGGCAAAAAAAGCAUUUUCAGCAAGUAUUCCAAAUGCUGAAGAUCAUGGGAUAUGAUUGGGCAGAAAGGUGCCACCACGUGCCCUUUGGAGUAGUCCAAGGAAUGAAGACAAGAAGGGGAGAUGUCACUUUUCUGGAAGAUGUCUUAAAUGAGAUUCGACUAAGGAUGCUACAGAAUAUGGCUUCCAUUAAAACAACUAAAGAACUCGAGAACCCACAAGAGACUGCAGAGAGGGUUGGGCUCGCAGCGCUCAUUAUUCAGGACUUCAGAGGUUUACUCUUAUCGGAUUAUCAGUUCAGCUGGGAUCGUGUUUUCCAGAGUCGUGGGGAUACAGGAGUCUUCCUUCAGUACACGCAUGCCCGCCUCCACAGUUUGGAAGAGACUUUUGGAUCUGGUUAUCUGAAUGACCUCAACACUGCUUGCUUACAAGAGCCACAGUCUGUUUCAAUUCUCCAGCAUCUUCUCAGUCAUCUUGCAGCUGUGGCACACAAAACACUCCAAAUAAAAGACAGUCCUCCUGAUGUGGCUGGGGCCAGACUUCAUCUUUUCAAAGCUGUCCGUUCUGUCUUGGCCAAUGGAAUGAAACUUCUUGGAAUAAUUCCUGUAUGUAGAAUGUAAUUUGUAAUUAAAAUGGUGUUUUAAAAUGCUAAGUGAAUUUCAGUUAUUUGUUUUUAGAUGAAAUACGUAUGACUUACCAACUUAUUUAAUCCUUAUCCUUAACAAAGUAAUGUGAGUUCCCUCAUGGUCAGUAGGUACUUAGAAUUUGUAAAACUAAGUUGUGUCAUUUUAAACUCAAAAUAUCGUGGUCUAAUGGGGAUAAAGAAUUUAAACUAUGACUUGACGUUUCUUAUA